AUGUCCGACCGGGAGGAGGACUACCGCUUCCUGCACAGCAUGCUGAUGGAGAAGAAGCUCCACCUGCUCUUUAAGAUCCACGAGCGGCUGAGGCGCUUUGAGAAGCUGGGGCCCGUCCCCGUCCUGCAGGACGCUGCCAGUCUGCUCCCAGACUUGGCAGAGGAGCUCGUCUACCACGGCUGGACGGAUGAGGUCAAGGAGCUAUUUGCACUCCUUUCAAAAGCUCAUUUUAAGCACUUCCUGUGUGUCCAUGAUGCCGUUGCUCAGAGAGACUUUGAACCGGUUUUGCCCCCCGUACCCGACGACGCUCUGGACGAAGAGGAGGAUUCAGUGAAAAUAGUCAGCCUGGUCAAAACCAAAGAACCGCUGGGGGCGACGAUAAAGAAGGACAAGUCCAGCGGGGCGAUCGUUGUGGCGCGGAUCAUGAGAGGAGGGCCGGCCGAUAAGAGCGGCCUCAUCCAUGAAGGAGAUGAGCUGAAAGAAGUGAACGGCGUCUCCGUGGAACACCGGAAACCGAAGGAAAUCCUUCCUCUGCUGGCUCGUUCUGAGGGGGAAAUUAAAUUCAAAAUAGUUCCUGCGUUCUCCCAGGAGGAAGCGUCUUCCCUGGAGAAACAGCUGUUUGUGCGGACCCUGUUCGAUUACGACCCGCUGGACGACCCCGCCAUUCCCUGCAAGGACGCCGCCGUGGCCUUUCAGAGGGGAGACGUCCUGGAGGUGGUCAGCAUGGAGGACGACACCUGGUGGCAGGCCCGGCGCCUCGGGGACGGGGACGGGGACGGCCGCGCCGGACUCAUCCCCUCCCGGCAGCUGCAUGAAAGGAGAGUCGCUCUGCGCCGGCCGGCCGCCCUGUUCAAGCCUCGGAGGGCCAAACCGCCAGGUGAGCGGCCAGCGCCGCCCGUCAUGGAAGAUGCAGACUACAGAGCCAUAACCGGGAUCCACGUCGCCGGGUUAAGGAGGAGUUUCCGGCUGGGCAGGAAGAGCAGCCUGGCCAGAGAAGCCGCUCGGUCGCGGAGGUGGAGCGCCGGGGUCCACGGGGCCAUGUGUCCACCGACCUACGUGGAAGUGAUCCCUCAUCCCAGAGAGCCUCGGGACAGGCGGCGCCUGGUCGUCUUGGUCGGGCCCGGCGGCGUCGGCGUGAGCGAGCUGAAGAGGAGGCUGCUGGUCUCCGACCCCGACCGCUACGGCGUCGCCGUGCCGUACACCACGCGUGAGAGGAGGAGGCAUGAAAGCGAGGGCGUGGAUUACCACUUCCUGUCAGUUCACUCGUUCGAGGAGCACAUCCUGAACCAGAGGUUUAUAGAAUACGGGACGUAUAGAGGUCAUUACUAUGGGACAAGUCUGGACUCUGUGCAGCGAGUGAUGGCUGAGGACAAGGUCUGCCUGCUGGACGUGCAUCCCAGCAACUUAAAACAUGUCUACUCCGCUGAAUUCAAACCGUUCGUGGUGUUCGUCAAGCCGCCGCGCAUCGAGGAGCUGCGCCUCACCAGAAGAAGAGCGAAGUUUGUCUGCGACGAUGAAGAAUCCAGCCCGGUCAGGAUCUUCUCAGACGAGGACUUCGAGGACAUGAUCGACGAGGCGGAGACCAUGGAGAGCCAGUUCGGCCAGCUGUUUGAGAAAGUGAUCGUCAACGGCGACGUCGCCACGGCCUUCCGAGAGCUGAGGGCGGAGCUUGAGGGCCUCGAGGACGCAGCAGUGCAGUGGCUUCCCGCCCAGUGGAUUUGUCCUUCGCCAACCGCGGCGCGAAGAAGUUGUGGUCAUUUGAUUGGCUGGAUCUGA